UUCUCUAUAACUGUCUUCCCUCUUUUAACCUUCUCUCGAUCUUUCUGCUCAUCUGUCAGUUCAAAUCUGUAAGCUGCUAGCUAGCCAUGAAAUCAUUUUAUCUUUAUUUUAACUAUUUCCUGUAACAGUCUGUGUUGGCUGCUGCUGCUGCUCCUUGGCCGUGGCGGAUCACUUUCUUCCUGACUGCUGCGUUCAUCUAUGGCGUCCGUGUACAGCGGAUCUCAUACCUUGAGCAAGGAUGAUGUGAAUUACAGAAUGCAUUUCCGAAUGAUAAACGAGCAGCAGGUGGAAGAUAUCACCAUAGAGUUUUUCUACAGGCCGCACACGAUCACGUUGCUGACAUGCACGGUGCUCAGUUUGAUGUAUUUCGCGUUCGCAAGAGAUGAUGGAAAUCCUGACAACAAUCUCUGGGUGGGGCUCAUCCUGGUCAUCUCCUUCUUCCUUGUCAUCAGUGUUUUGGCAUUUCCAAACGGUCCAUUCACCAGACCACAUCCAGCAAUAUGGCGAAUAGUUUUUGGUCUGAGUGUCCUCUACUUCCUGUUCCUGGUUUUCAUAAUUUUCCUCAACUGGCAGCAGGUGAAGCAGCUAAUGUAUUGGUUAGACCCAAACCUGCGUUAUGCCAAGAGAGAGGCAGACAUAAUGGAAUAUGCUGUAAACUGCCAUGUCAUCACCUGGGAGAGAAUCCUGAGCCAUUUUGACAUUUUUGCAUUCAGCCAUUUCUGGGGCUGGGGUAUGAAGGCACUGCUAAUACGCAGCUAUGGCCUCUGCUGGACUAUCAGUAUUACUUGGGAGCUUACUGAGCUGUUCUUCAUGCAUCUGCUGCCUAACUUUGCUGAGUGCUGGUGGGACCAAGUGAUUCUCGACAUUCUGCUGUGUAAUGGUGGAGGCAUCUGGCUUGGCAUGACUGUCUGCCGCUUUUUGGAGAUGAGGACCUACCAUUGGGCCAGUAUUAAGGACAUCCACACCACCACAGGCAAGAUCAAACGAGCCGUGUUACAGUUCACCCCCGCAAGUUGGACCUACGUACGCUGGCUUGACCCAAAGUCUUCCCUGCAGCGAGUAACGGGCGUCUAUCUGUUCAUGAUCAUCUGGCAGCUAACAGAGUUGAACACAUUCUUCCUCAAGCACAUUUUCGUCUUUCCUGCAAGUCAUGCUCUUAGCUGGUGUCGGAUCCUCUUUGUUGGCAUCAUCACAGCACCAACAGUGAGGCAAUAUUAUGCGUACCUUACAGACACACAGUGCAAGAGAGUUGGGACCCAGUGCUGGGUGUUUGGGGCAAUAGCUUUUCUGGAGGCCUUGGCGUGUAUUAAAUUUGGACAGGACCUGUUCUCAAAAACACAGGUCCUCUAUGUGAUCCUCUGGCUACUGUGUUUGGCCUUCAUUACAUUCCUGUGCCUCUAUGGAAUGGUGUGGUUUGCUGAAAAUUAUGGUCCAAGAGAAAAGAGCCUCUCAGAAUGUGAAGAUAGUAAUUAUGCAGACUCUCCUGACUACAUGUCAGAAGGAUUUAAAGGAGAGACAGAAGUGGACAGCGGCAGCCCUACAACCAGGUGUAGAGGGAAAGGCUUGGGAAAGACCAAAUCCAUUAACGGCCUGGACAGCCAGUAGGAGUUGGAGACAGAGGCUGGUGGGUGACUCCUGAACUCAGUCCAUGGAGCCAGGUGUGAAGGAUCACAGGUUGGAAAGGGGGUAAAGAUACAACCACUUCCCGGUGUAAUUGAGGUGUAGAAAGCCCCCACAAAUGGUAGAGGAAGUGGUGAGAGGAGAGACUAAGUGCAUGAACAGGUCCAUACAGUGUUGUUAGGAGUGCACAGAGGCUUAGACUACAGAGAUGCAUACUUAAGUGUGUGCUGUAGUCAUAAAAAAACUCUUAAACCACUGAUCACAGGUUUCUGUAUGUGUGAAGAGAGAGAUAGAGAGAAAGAAUGGUAUUUUGUGUUUGUGAGAGACAGAGAUGGCAAUAAAAACUGCUAAUUCUAGAUGUGACUGCAUGAUCAGUGUAGCUGAUAAACUAUAAUUUACAAACAUUUAUCCUGUGAUAAAGUAUAUCACUGAUGGUUAAUGUACAUUUGACUGGUUUACACCAGCCUUAACGCCAGUAUGUUGGUCCAACACAUUUCAAUGUUAAAAGCCAUUAUGUGCAAUUUAUCAAAUUAAUUGGAGCCUCUAUGUUUAUAGCACAGAAAGGCUUAUUAUUAGCGUUUGUCAUUGAUUGUCUAUUUGCAUCAUAGAUGUUCACACUUGUUUUGUGGCCUUGAAUGUGGGCAGGAUUUCAAUGCAAGACAGAUUUAGCUUGUUAGGAUCAUCGACUGAGGUUCGUGUUUGACCUGGAACCAAGCAGAGCACACAGUUUAAGCACUUUUCAGAAUGUUUUCUUGCAAAUGCUGUACAGUUUGUAUUUUGUGAAUCAUUGUAACCUUGAGUGAUUUCACUCUUCUCCAUCUGUGGCUGCUAUCUUUUUUUUCUUUUGCUGUACUGAUAAUGAAGGGCAAUUCUUCAAAUUCCUUUGUUUUAUUGUCAAACUUCUUGUUAUUGCAUUUAUUGAAUUUGCAUGGCUCUGUCAAAUCAAGUGUUUUUGUGGGUAAAAUGUUAUAGGAGUAGUCAACAUAUGUUUAUAUAACACUGCACACCAGGACACCAGUAGUGUUAUUUUAAUGUAUUUCACAGUCAAUGUAAAAUUUUAAUUGACCCCUUGUGCCUGUUAGCAUGUUUUUAUUCACACUUUUUUCAGUUAGUACUAAUACUAAAUUUGGGCUUUUUGUGUUUGAUUUUUCUGUACUUGAGUGCUAUACUGGAGGCUUAUUUUUAAUUGCUCUGUCAGCAUCACCUCAGUGCAGAUAUAUCCCCUCAUAAUCCUCGACAAUCCAGACAUUGCCCUCUGUGGAGUGGACCAGGCUCCUGUGCUACAGUAGACACUAUAAAUAGUACAUUGUCUCUGGAUUUAGAUGUCAUUUGCCAAAAUUCUGUUGAGAAUGAUCUGUGCUGUUCUUUUUCACUGUGAAAUAAUGAAACAUAUUAAACUGUUUUACAUUUCCUCUUAAA